GCACGAAGAGAGUCUCCAUCGUUUCUUGCUUGUUUCCUCUCUAUAUUUUUCAGAACAAUGGAUUGUACUGGACAAAGCUCAGAAUUUGAAUUUGCAGUUUUGUUUGUAGCAUUAAGUCGAAUUACAAUAUAUUUCUAAUUUAAUCUGUAAUUAAUCUGAGUUCAAGAUGCAUAUUAAGUCUAUGGUAUUAGAAGGAUUUAAAUCAUACGGAAAAAGAAUUGAGAUAAACGGUUUCGAUAAAGAAUUCAAUGCGAUUACAGGAUUCAAUGGUAGCGGGAAAUCAAAUAUCCUGGAUGGAAUAUGUUUUGUUUUGGGUAUUACAAAUCUUGGCCAGGUACGUGCGGCAUCGUUACAAGACUUAGUUUAUAAAUCUGGACAAGCAGGCAUUAAGAAAGCCAGCGUUACUUUAACAUUUGACAAUAGAGAUAGAAAUUCAUCCCCUAUGGGGUAUGAACACCAUGAAGAAAUUACAGUCACAAGACAAGUUGUAAUAGGUGGUAAAAAUAAAUAUUUGAUUAAUGGUUCUAAUGUACCGAACAAACGUGUACAGGACAUGUUCUGUUCUGUGCAAUUGAAUGUAAACAAUCCUCAUUUUUUGAUAAUGCAAGGAAGAAUUACAAAAGUUUUAAACAUGAAACCUGUUGAAAUUUUAUCGAUGAUAGAAGAAGCUGCGGGUACACGAAUGUAUGAAAACAAGAAAGAAGUUGCUUUGAAAACUAUUGAGAAGAAGGACAGUAAAUUAAAAGAAAUAAAUGAUAUUUUGAAAGAAGAAAUAGGCCCAAAGUUAGCAAAGUUGAAAGAAGAAAAGACACAAUAUGUAGAAUUUCAACGUAUAGAAAGAGAAUUAGAACAUUGUAAAAGAAUUUGUCUUGCUUGGCGUUAUGUUACAGCUCUUAACGAAAGUCAGAAAGCUGAAGAAAAUGUACAAUCUGUUAAGAACAAAAUAGAAGAGAAGGAAAAAAGUAUUACUGCUGGUGAAGAGGAACUUAAAAAUAUUCAGAAAGAAUUUGAUGAAGCAGCCAAAAAGAAGGAUGCAGAAGCUGGAGGCCAUUUGGAAGAACUAGAGAAAGAGUUAAAAGAUGCAGAAAAAGCUCACUGUAAAUUAGUAGCAGAAAAUAAUAGUAACAAAGAAAGUAUUAAAGCUGCCAAAAAAGCAGUGGAUCAACUAAAAGCUAACAUAAAGGACGAUGAAAAUGCGUUCACGUUAAAAGAGGCAGAAUACGCAAAAGUUGAAGGAUUAUUUAAAAGCUUAAAAGAAAUGGAUCAAAAAGACUGCGAAGCAGUACUAAUUGCACAAGAAAAGUAUCAAAAAAUUAGUGCCGGUUUAUUGCAAAGUCAAGAUGGUGAAAAUGCAACCUUAGAACAGCAGAUAAUAACUGCUAAACAAAACAUGACAGAAGCACAAACACAGCGUAAACAAUGUGAAAUGACUCUGAGUCAUAAUAAAGAACAGUUAAAGAAGAAAAAAGCCGAAAUGAAAAACACCGACGAUGAGUACAAAAGAUACAACAAAGAUCUUGAGAACAAAGAGAAAGAAGUAAAAAAUUUGGAAAAUGAAUUGACGAAGUUAAAUUACGAAGAUGGAUGUGUAGAACAACUGAAGAACCAAAGAAAUACAUUGAAGAAUGAAAUAAGGACUUUGGAAGAAAAAGCAGAUUAUUUUGAAUCGCAAUAUCCUAAAAUCAGAUUUGAGUACAAAAAACCUGAACCUAAUUUUAAUCAAAACUCUGUGAAAGGAGUUGUAUGUAAAUUAAUCACUGUUAGAGAUAAGAAAGCAGCCUACGCUUUAGAUAUUGCUGCAGGAGCAAAGUUAUAUAAUAUCAUAGUAGAUACAGAAAUUAAUGGCAAGAAACUACUUCAGCAUGGUCAACUGCAACAACGUGUUACUAUUAUCCCCUUGAACAAGGUAAAUGGAAGACCAAUGGACAACCAAUUAGUUCAUUUGGCUCAGAAAAUAGGUGGUGCAGAAAAUGUUCAGCCAGCACUGUCUCUUAUAGAUUUUCCAAACGAAACUAAAUCAGCUAUGACUUGGAUAUUUGGGCAGAUAUUUAUUUGCAAGGACAUUGAGACAGCCAAAAAGAUAGCGUUUCAUGACAAUAUCAAGAAAAAGUGUAUCACUUUAGAAGGGGACGUUGUUGAUCCUGCUGGUACUUUGUCUGGUGGUGCACCAGUAAAAACAGGAUCAGUUCUAUUAAAAUUAGAAGAUCUAAAGGCUAUACAAAACGAAUUAAAUACUAAACUGCAAGAGCUUCAAAAUAUCGAGACUACUUUAAUGAACAUAAAUAGUGUCGCGGAAAAAUACAUGUCAUUAAAACAAACAUUUGAUCUACGAAAUUAUGAAAUCAGUAUGAUAAAGCAAAAAUUGGCACAGACAGAAUAUUAUAAAGUAAAGGAAGAGAUUGAUUCUUUAGAAAAGGGUAUCGAAGAGCUGACGGAGAAGAUGAUAACAGCUGAAAAGAAUGAGAAAGAAAAUAGUAAACGUGCUAAAGAAUUAGAAAAUCAAUUGAAAGACGCAUCUAACAUUCUUGAGAAACAAUUGAAACAAGCUGAAGUUGAAUUAGAAAAAUUAAAGAAAAAAGCUGCGAAUAGCCGUAAGGAGUGGCAGAAGCGAGAGCAGGAAGCAGAAACACUUCAGUUGGAAAUUAAAGAAUUGCAGAAAAGUAUUGAAGCUGGAAAGGAACAGUUAGUGGCUUUGGAAGAAAAGUUGAAUGAUCUACAAGAGAAAGUAACUACGUUAGGCAAAGACCUAGAAGAAUCAAACGCAAACAUAGAGCGUAUACAGUCAGAAAUAAAAGCGAAGAAAGAUAUUAUUCAUAAACAAAAUGCUUACAUGCAGAAGCUUAUGAACAGAAAGGAAGAAAUCAUAAAGCAAAAUAAAGAAGCAGAAUUGGAUAUUAAAACCUUAAAUCAUGAAAUUAAUUCUAUUAAAAACACUGCUACGGAUUGCAAACAUAAAGUUUCUGAACUUACACGAAAAUACGAGUGGAUUGAACAAGACAAGGUUUACUUUGGAAAAGCAGGUGGCAUAUACGAUUUUGAAGUUAACAAACCCAAUGAAAUGGAACAGAAAGUACACCGGUUACAGAACAUGCGUGAAAAAUUAAGUCGAAACAUCAAUACACGAGCUAUUAGUCUUCUUGACAAAGAAGAAGAACAAUACAAUCAAAUGAUAAAGAAAAAGAAAAUAGUUGAAAACGAUAAGAGGAAAAUAUUGGAAACAAUUAAACAUUUGGAUGAAAAGAAGAAAGAGACAUUACUUAAAGCUUGGGAACAAGUAAACAAAGAUUUUGGAUCGAUAUUUAGUAGCUUGUUACCAGGAGCCGAUGCAAAAUUACAACCUCCUGAAAAUCAAACAGUCACCGAAGGUUUAGAAGUGAAAAUUGCAUUUUCUGGAGUUUGGAAAGAAUCAUUGGGAGAAUUAUCUGGAGGGCAGAGAUCUUUGGUGGCUUUAUCUUUAAUCUUGGCUAUGCUGUUAUUUAAACCUGCACCUCUUUAUAUUUUGGAUGAAGUUGACGCCGCCUUGGAUCUUUCUCACACAGAGAAUAUUGGAAUAAUGUUAAAAAGACAUUUCAAACAUUCACAGUUUAUUGUUGUGUCAUUGAAGGAUGGAAUGUUCAACAAUGCUAAUGUAAUAUUUACAACUAGGUUCGUUGACGGAAUGUCAACGGUAUCUAGAAGUGAAAAGGGAAAACAUAGGUAAAGGUAUUAUAUUUUGACGUGAAUUUAUUUUACUAAACAAUAACUCUGGUCUUUACAAUUAACAAUUGAUUAUAAGUUUAUUUGUAUAAAUAAGUUGCAAUCUAUU